AUGGCGCCACCUCCAAAGAAGCUAAAGGCCACCCACCCCGAUGCACAAUCUUCUACCGGCGCCGUCGACAACGGCGACCAAAAACCUGCACCAGACGCCGACAUCUCCGGCCAGCGAACCGUCUUCGUUCGCUCCCUCAACUACUCUACAACUACAGAUUCCCUUUCCGCCCAUUUCUCCUUCAUCGCUCCUUUAAAACAUGCUACCGUAGUUAUAGAUCCAGCUACAAAAGCCUCCCGGGGUUUCGGUUUCGUCACAUUCACCGAUCCAGCUGAUGCUGUCAAAGCCGUCCAAGAGUUCAACGGCAAGGUCUUCGAAGGUAGACAUAUAAAAGUCGAGAUCGCCCAGGCUAGACAUAGAGAUGGUGAUAAACCUGCUAUUACCUCUACCACUGCUGUUCCUGUGGGCAAACCAGCAAAGGAUGUUGACAUCAAAAAGCGGAAUCCGCGAUUGAUUGUUAGAAAUUUACCUUGGUCUGUGAAAAAACCGGAGCAAUUAACACCUUAUUUUACGAAAUUCGGAAAGGUCAAGGAGGUUAUUAUUCCUCGAAAGGAUGGCUCAAAGUUUGGUCCAAUGGCUGGGUUUGCUUUUGUUACUCUCAGAAAGGAAGAAAGUGCACGGAAGGCUAUCGAAGCUAUAAACGGCACUGAAAUCGAGGGGAGGACAGUCGCUGUUGAUUGGGCUGUUGAAAAGAAUGAGUGGAAGCAAAAGACCACCGAAGAAGAGGAAGACGAUGAUGAAAGUGAUGAAGAGGCGGGUGGGAAGGGAGAAAAGGAAGAAGAGGAUCCCAUGGACAUUGAUGAAGAACUCAACCAAGCCGCCAUCGAGUCCGACUCUGAUUCUGGCUCAGACGACGACAUGAAGGACAUAGAAGACCAAGAAGACGACGAAGACGAAGAAGAAGACGAUGUACCCCAAUCCACCAACGACACCGUCGUCUUCAUCCGUAACAUCCCAUUCACAACCGAUGACGACGGCCUCUUCGAACACUUCAAAGAAAAUUUCGGUCCUAUCCGUUACGCCCGUGUAGUCCUAGAACAUGACACAGGUCGCCCUCGCGGAACAGCCUUCGUUUCAUUUUACAACGAAUCUGACUUCGAAGAAUGCGUCGCCAACGCUCCCAAAAAUACUGUUCAAAAUAUCCCAUCCUCUGGGAAAGGUGGUGCUAAAGCUUCAGUCUUACAAUCUGAAUCACUCGACCCCACAGGAAAAUAUACCCUUGAUGGACGAGUUCUUUCGGUUUCAAAGGCUGUUUCUAAGGAAGAAGCCGGAAGGUUGACCACCAUUGGAACUGAGAAGCGAGAAAAAGUCAAAGCUGAACGAAGAAGAUUGUAUCUUCUAAACGAGGGACAGAUAUCACAGAACAACCCGCUGUAUGCCAAACUGUCCCAAGCAGAUAUCAAAAUGCGAGAAGAGAGUUAUAAACAACGAAAGGGAUUUUUGGAGAAGAACACUACUUUACACUUGAGCCUGGUUAGAUUGAGUGUCAGAAAUAUCCCUAGGAAUAUUGAUGAAAAGGACCUCAAAAUGAUGGCUAGAAAGGCCCUCGUGGAGUUUGCCAAAGAAGCCAAAGAAGGAAAGCGAGAAGGUAUCAGCAAAGAGGAGGCUAGGCGUGGGGGCCAAGAGGCAAAGGAAGAGGAGGCUCAAAGGAGAGCUAAGGGUAAAGGUGUGGUCAAGCAGGCUAAGAUCGUGAGGGAAAAGAGUGGCGCUGGGAGAAGUAUGGGUUAUGGUUUCAUCGAGUACAUUGGUCACAGGUGGGCCUUGAUGGGUCUGCGGUGGUUGAACGGACGAGAGGUCGCACAUUUGACAGUAGAAGAGAAGGAGAAGAAGGGAGGAGACGAGGUCUUGGAGGUUAGCAAGGAAGACAAGAAGAGGCGAUUGAUCGUUGAGUUUGCUCUGGAGAAUGUACAGGUGGUGCAAAGAAGAAAAGACAAAGAAAAAGCAGCGAAAGGAAGGCUCCCCAGGACGAAGGAAGAAAGAGAAGCUCUGGAUAACGACAAAAAGUUCAAGGGCAAGGGUGAUAGGAAGAGGAAGUGGUCAAAGGGUGGCGAAGAAGAACAAGAAAAAGGGGAGAAGGGGAAAGAUGCUGAGGAGAAGCAGAAGGGUAAGGGGAACCCGGAGAAAUGGGACAAGGAGAAGAGAGCAGCCCAGAUCAUCGCGAGGAAAAGGCAGAAGAGGCGUAUGAGGGGUGGUGCUUAG